UGCAGCCAUUUUCCGCAGGACGAAGCCAAUCAUGCGGUGAGGAGCGUGAGCAUCACCUGGGCAGAUCCAGAUCCAGAUCCAGCCCCCGCCCGCAGCAUCAGCACCAGCUCCAGCCCUGCAUCAGCCCUGCAGGUCCGGGGGGAGAACAUGGUGAAGAGAAAGAGCCUGGACGACAACGAGCCGGAAUGCGGGAAGGGAAUACCGUCUGACAUCCAGACCUUCCUGUGGAGACAGACCAGUGCUUUUCUGCGUCCAAAGUUGGGGAAACAGUAUGAAGCAUCUUGUGUGUCCUUCGAGCGGGUGCUGGUGGAGAACAAGCUGCACGGCCUGUCCCCGGCCCUGUCCGAGGCCAUCCAGAGCAUCUCCCGCUGGGAGCUGGUCCAGGCCGCCCUGCCCCAUGUGCUGCACUGCACCUCCAUCCUGCUGUCCAACAGGAACAAACUGGGCCACCAGGACAAGCUGGGCGUGGCGGAGACCAAGCUGCUGCACACGCUGCACUGGAUGCUGCUGGACGCGGCCCAGGAGUGCAACCACGAGCCCAGCCUGGGCCACGGCUGGUCCGGGGGCAGCAGCAGCAGCGCCUUCCUGCAGCCCGUGGGCAACCAGGGCUCCUCCCCGGGAGCCCCCGGCUCCGGCUCGGGCCCCCGGCACAGCAGCUCCCUGCUGGAGGACGACGAGCACACACGCACCAAGCUGUUCCACAAGAGCAUGGCCACGGUGGAGCUGUUCGUGUUCCUGUUCGCUCCCCUCAUCCACCGCAUCAAGGAGUCGGACCUGACCUUCCGAUUGGCCAGUGGCCUGGUGAUCUGGCAGCCGAUGUGGGAGCACCGCCAGCCGGACAUCCCCGCCUUCACCUCCCUCAUCAAACCCGUCAGAAACAUCGUGACAGCAAAGAGGAACUCCCCAGUCAACAACCAGUGCAGCCCCUGUGGAUCUGGCAACCCGGGUCCCACGGGCUUCCAGGUGGUUUGCGAAGCGGCCCAAUCAGACUCCACCUCCCCCGCAGCCGGGGAGCAGAGCUGUCGCCGUGGUAACUCGCUGGAGAAGGGUGGCCCUUCUCAACAACCUCCGCCGGUUAAAGGCCCUUCCAAGAAAAAGACCUCAGCCCCCGGCGGCCUGCCGGCCUCCCUCUCCCAGCGUGCGCGCUACGCCACCUACUUUGACGUGGCGGUGCUGCGCUGCCUGCUGCAGCCCCACUGGAUGGAGGAGGGCGUCCACUGGGCCUUGAUGUUCUACCUGCAGCGUCUGAGGCAGAUCCUGGAGGAGAGACCCGAGCGCGCCCCCGAGCCCCUGGUGGCGCCGCUGCCUCGCCCCCGCAGCAGCUCCAUGGUGGCGGCCACGCCCUCGCUGGUCAACACCCACAAGACUCAGGAUAUGAGUCUGAAGUGCAACGAAGAGGGAAAAUCUCUGAGCACAGAGACCUUUGCAAAGGUGUCCCUCACAAAUCUGCGUCGACAGGCCGUCCCCGAUCUGUCCUCCGACCUGGGCAUGAACAUCUUCAAGAAGUUUAAGAACCGGCGUGAGGACCGAGAGAGGAAGGGCUCCAUCCCGUACCACCACACGGGGAAGAAGCGGCAGCGCCGCAUGGGCGUUCCCUUCCUGCUGCACGAGGACCACCUGGACGUGUCGCCCACACGCAGCACCUUCUCCUUCGGCAGCUUCUCGGGCCUGGGCGACGACCGGCGGGCCCUGGACCGGGGCGGCUGGCCGGCCACCAUCAUGGGCAAAUUCACGCGCAGAGGCAGCACAGACACGGCUGCGGAUGCAGACAGCCUGAGCGCCAAGCACUCCCAUUCCCACCACUCCCUGCUGCGAGACAUGCCCGACCACUCCAACAGCCACAGCGACAACACAGUCAAAGAGGUUCGAUCUCAGAUCUCCACCAUCACCAUGGCAGCGUUCAACACGACUGUGGCGUCCUUCAACGUGGGCUAUGCCGACUUCUUCACGGAGCACAUGAAGAAGCUGUGCAGCCCCAUGGCCCCGCCCGAGAUCCCCGUGGAGCCGCUGGCCUGCGCCAACCUGCCGCGCAGCCUCACCGACUCCUGCAUCAACUACUCCUGCCUGGAGGAGGGAGAGAACAUCGAGGGAACCAAUAACUUUGUGCAGAAAAACGGCAUGCUGGAUCUCACCGCAGUGUUGCGGGCUCUUUACGCCGUCCUCAGCCACGACAUCAGCUCCAGGAUCUGCGACGUAGCGCUCAACAUCAUCGACUGCCUGCUGCAGCUGGGCGUGGUGCCCGGCAUGGGGAAGAAAGUGUCCAAACCCGACAACAAGGAGAACCAGGAGGUGCGAGCCAGAGACCCGACCUCCCAGGGCCUUGGAGCAGGCGCUCAGGGAGGAGCCGGUGGAGGGGGAGAUGGAGGUGGAGGUGGGGGAGGAAGUGGUGGAGGGAGUGGGCAGGGGAGCAAGGAUGAUGUGAAGAAAAACAAGGAUAGUGACAAAAAGGAAGAGGGCUCCGGCUUCAGCCCGCACCGCCUGGCGUUGACCAUGCUCAUAAAGAUAGUCAAGUCUCUGGGCUGCGCCUACGGGUGUGGUGAAGGUCACCGGGGGCUGUCGGGAGAUCGCCUCAGGAUGCAGGCCCAGAACUGCCUGACAAACCUGUAUAAACUGGACAAGGUGCAAUUUCGCCAAACAAUGCGCGAGUAUGUCAACAAAGAUUCCCUCAAUAACAUUGUGGACUUCUUACAUGCACUGCUGGGCUUCUGCAUGGAGCCCAUCACUGACAAGUACGGCAGUGCAGGUGAGAGGUCCAGGAGGGCGAAAAAAAGAAACAUCGACAAGGCGGGCUUCGGGAACAACUUCACCACCGGGGACAACAAGUCCUUGGCCCAGAACAUGGAGGCCGUGGUGGUGGGCUGCAUGUUCAAGUCCCUGAUCACGCGCUGCGCCUCCACCACGCACGAGCUGCACAGCCCCGAGAACUUGGGCCUGUACUGUGACAUCCGCCAGCUGGUCCAGUUCAUAAAGGAGGCCCACGGAAACGUGUUCCGCCGGGUGGCCCUGAGCGCGCUCCUGGACAGCGCUGAGAAAGUCACGGCCACCAAGAAGCCCGAGGAGAAGGAGGAGAGCAAACCACCUGCACCCAGGAGGUCAGAGGCGGGUGUGUCCGGGGAGAAGGGUCAGGUGUCCAGUGCUGCAGAUGAGUGUCGCAGCUGUAUCUCCAGUAGACCCCCCCAGACCCCCGAACAUGAAGAACAGCUCCCUGGGGCUCUGCUGGGCAGGAAGGACUUUUGGAGGAAGAUGUUCAAGUCGCAGAGCGCCGCCAGUGACACCAGCAGCCAAUCAGAGCAGGACACCUCCGAGUGCACCACUGCACACUCUGGCACCACCACCGACCGGCGCUCCAGGUCCAGAUCCCGUCGCAUUUCACUUCGCAAGAAACUGAAGCUACCAAUAGGAAACUGGCUGAAGCGUUCUUCGCUGUCCGGGUUAACGGACGGCGUGGAGGACCUGCUUGAUAUCAGCUCGGUGGAUCGACUCUCCUUCAUACGUCAGAGCUCCAAGGUGAAGUUCACCAGUGCGGUAAAGUUGUCCGAAGGCGUCGCCGCAGGGCCGGAGUACGGCAGGGACGAGGAGGAGAAUUUCUUCAAGCGGCUCGGUAAAUGGAGGUCUGGCAGGAGGAAUCCAUCCAAGCUUCACCACACAGAAGAGAAAGAUGGACCUCACGGUUUCCAGGAGCGUCUGGCAGCCAGCCAGGAGGCCAUGAAGAACAAGAACGUGGUGAACCUGGGCGCCAUCCGCCAGGGAAUGAAACGCUUCCAGUUCCUGCUGAACUGCUGCGAGCCGGGAACCAUCCCCGACGCCUCCAUCCUCGCCGCCGCUUUGGACCUGGAAGCUCCAGUUGUGGCCCGCGCUUCCCUUUUCCUGGAAUGUGCCAGAUUUGUCCACCGCUGUAACCGUGGCAACUGGCCCGAGUGGAUGAAGGGCCACCACGUGAAUAUCACCAAGAAAGGCCUGUCCAGGGGCCGGUCCCCCAUCGUGGGAAACAAAAGGAACCAGAAGCUGCAAUGGAAUGCAGCCAAGCACUUCUGCCAGUGGGGAGAUGCUAUAGGCACGCGGCUCAGCGAACUCUGCCACUCGGACAGUGAGAGCCCCGCCAACAUCCUGGGUUACAUUUAUGACGAAGAGACCAAGCGGAGGAUGAGAAAAGAAGACGAGGAGGAAGACUACUUGGACGACAACACAGUCAAUCCUACCAAGUGCGGCUGCCCCUUCGCCCUGAAGAUGGCUGCGUGCCAGCUGUUGCUGGAAAUCACCACCUUCUUGCGAGAGACCUUCCCCUGCUUGCCGCGACCCCGCACCGAACCACUUGUGGACCUGGACAGCUGCCGUCUGCGCCUGGACCCGGAGCUCGGGCGGCACCGCUAUGAAAGGAAGAUCAGCUUUGCAGGCAUCCUGGAUGACGAAGACGGCCGCGACUCGCUCAACAGCAGCAGCCACACCCUGAAGUCUGACACCACCUGUGAUGACAAGAGGACCCAGGAGGCUCAGGCUCCGAUCAGGAAGAUUCGUAUCGGAGGCUCCCGGCUGCUGCAGAUUAAAGGAGCCCGCAGCUUCAGAGUGAAGAAGGGAGGCUCCCUGUCCUCCAUCCGCCGGGCCGGCAGCCUGAAGAGCACCAAGCUGUCCCGGCAGGACUCCGAGUCUGAGAUCGAAGAGGGGGCGCUGUCACAAACGCACAGCAGGGACACCGUCACCGACAUUGGUAGCCCCUUCAGCACCAGCGAGCCCAGCAUCGAGCCCGAGGGUCAGAGCACGGGUGGUGCGGAGGAAAACUACCACCGCAACAUGUCCUGGCUGCACAUCAUGAUUUUGCUGUGCAACCAGCAGAGUUUCAUCUGUACGCACGUGGACUUCUGCCACCCGCGCUGCUACCAGCACCACAGCCGCUCCUGCGCCCGGCUGGUCCGCGCCAUCAAGCUGGUGUACGGGGAGACGGUGGACGGGCUGAAGGAGGACAGCGCCUCCUCCGGUAAUAUCGGAGCACGCGCAAAGAAAAACAAGGAGUGUUCGGACAAGUCUUGCCUGAGGACUCCGUCCAUGAAGAGACGACCCACCGACUCCAACUCAGAAGGGAAGAAGGACACGGGCAUGCUCAAGUACAUCCGCAACCAGGUGAUGAGCCUGUCGCCGGCUCCUCUUUCCUUGCUCACCAAAGCUGCUCCCAUCCUGACGGACGACAUGUACGGAGACAUCCAGCCGGCGGCCUGGGAACUCCUGCUCAGCGUGGAUGAACACAUGGCUGCCGCUGCUGCCGCCAUGUUCCUUCUCUGCGCGGUGAAGGUCCCCGACGCCGUGACGGAAAUGAUGAUGGCGGAGUUCCAGCACCAGGAGGCCUGCCAGCGCAUCAACUCCAUCCUCAAGUUCUACACGCUGUGGCGCUUCCGCUACCAGGUGUGGCCGCGCAUGGAGGAGGGAGCGCAGCAGAUCUUUAAGAUCCCGCCCCCCAGCAUCAACUUCACUCUGCCGUCUCCGAUACUGGGCAUGCCUUGUGUCCCCAUAUUCGACCCCCCCUGGGUGCCACAGAACACGGGCAGCGUCACGGACCCGAUCAAUGAAGACCAGUCUAAGUCCUUCUCCGCCAGGGCGGUGUCGCGCUCGCACCAGCGGGCCGAGCACAUCCUGAAGAACCUGCAGCAGGAGGAGGAGAAGCGGCGGCUGGGCCGCGAGGCCAGCAUCAUCACGGCCAUCCCCGUGGCCCAGGAGGCCUGCUACGAGCCCACGUGCAGCCCUCCGCCCGAGCAGGAGGAGGAAGCAGAAGAAGUGGUGAACCUGGCAUCGCGCCGUCUGUCCGUCAGCCCGUCCUGCACCUCCAGCAACUCCCACAGGAACUACUCCUUCCGCCGCGGCUCCAUGUGGUCCGUCCGCUCCAUGGCCAGUGCAGAAGAUGAGGAGAACACAACGGAACACACUCCUACGCACCACAUGCUACAGCCGCCUCAAGCCGUGUUCCCAGCAUGCAUCUGUGCUGCCGUCCUGCCAAUAGUGCACCUGAUGGAAGACGGGGAAGUUCGAGAGGAUGGCGUAGCUGUGAGCGCCGUGGCCCAGCAAAUCCUCUGGAACUGCCUGAUUGAAGAUCCAGCUCUGGUUCUCCGUCACUUCCUGGAAAAGCUGACCGUGAGCAACAGACAGGACGAGCUGAUAUUCAUGCUCAGGAAGCUGCUGCUCAACAUCGGGGAUCUGCCCGCCCAGACGUCUCAUAUCCUCUUCAACUACCUGGUGGGCCUGAUCAUGUACUUUGUCCGCACCCCCUGCGAGUGGGGCAUGGACGCCAUCUCCGCCACGCUGACCUUCCUGUGGGAGGUGGUGGGCUACGUGGAGGGGCUGUUCUUCAAGGACCUGAAGCAGACCAUGAAGAAGGAGCAGUGUGAGGUCAAGCUGCUGGUCACUGCGUCCAUGCCAGGAACCAAAACUCUGGUGGUGCACGGUCAGAACGAGUGUGACAUCCCCACGCAGCUACCAGUCCACGAAGACACUCAGUUUGAAGCCCUUCUGAAGGAAUGUCUUGAGUUCUUCAACAUUCCCGAGGCCAGAUCAGCUCACUACUUCCUGAUGGACAAACGAUGGAACCUCAUCCAUUACUCCAAGACUUAUGUAAGAGACAUCUACCCCUUCAGGAGGUCGGUUUCUCCCCAGCUCAACCUGGUCCAUAUGCUUCCUGAGAGAGGACAGGAGCUCAUCCAGAAGCAGGUGUUUUCCCGUAAACUUGAAGAGGUGGGCCGGGUCCUCUUCCUCAUCUCCCUCACGCAGCACAUGCCAGCCGUGCACAAGCAGUCCCACGUGUCCCUGCUGCAGGAAGACCUGCUCCGCCUGCCCUCCUUCCCACGCACCGCCAUCGAUGCAGAGUUCUCGCUCUUCAACGAGCCGCAAGGGAAGGAGCUGUUUGGUCUGGACACCCUGCACAAGGUGCUGUGGAUCAAGCUGCUGGAGGAGAUGUUCCUGGGCAUGCCCAGUGAGUAUCCGUGGGGCGAUGAGAUGAUGCUGUUCCUGAACGUGUUCAACGGGGCGCUGCUGCUGCACCCGGAGGACAGCGCCCUCCUCAGGCAGUACACGGCCACCGCCAUCAAUACCGCCGUGCACUUCAACCACCUGUUCUCGCUGAGCGGUUACCAGUGGAUCCUGCCCACCAUGCUCCAGGUCUAUGCCGACUAUGAGAGCAACCCGUUACUGAGGCAGGGCAUCGAGUUCUGCUGCCGGCAGUUCUACAUCCUCCAUCGAAAGCCCUUCGUCCUGCAGCUGUUUGCUAGCGUAGCUCCACUGUUGGAGUUCACGACCAGCACCAGCACCGGCCUCUCUAAAGGAGUAUCCGCUCAGUGUCUGUUUGACCUGCUGGUUUCACUGGAGGGAGAAACCCUGGACGCUCUGGACGCUCUGGAGCUGGUCAAGGCUGAGAAACCCCUCCGUUCGCUGGACUUCUGUUAUGGCAAUGAAGACUUGGCCUUUACCAUCAGCGAGGCCAUCAAACUGUGUGUCACCGUGGUUGCGUAUGCCCCCGAGUCUUUCAGAAGUCUCCAGAUGCUGAUGGUGUUGGAAGCCGUGGUUCCCUGUCACCUCCAGAAGCUCAAGAGCAACACGGUUACGAUGGAGUGUGCUUCGGCUGCCAGGGACGAGAUCGCCGCCAUCGCUGCCCUCGCCACAUCUCUGCAGGCUCUCCUCUACAGCUCCGAGGCCCUCACAAGGCCCAUGACGGCCCCCCAGUUGUCCCGCUGUGACCAGGGCCACAAGGGCGGCACCACAGCCAACCACACCAUGGCAGGAGGCGUCAACACCAGGGAUAACCUCCACCUGCUGGAGGAGGGACAAGGAAUGCCAAGGGAGGAGCUGGAUGAGCGCAUCGCGAGGGAGGAGUUCCGCCGGCCGCGGGAGUCGCUGUUGAACAUCUGCACUGAGUUUUACAAACACUGCGGCCCUCGACUCAAGAUCCUGCAAAAUGUCGCUGGCGAGCCGCGCGUCACGGCUCUGGAGCUGCUGGACAUCAAGUCUCACAUGAGGCUGGCGGAAAUCGCCCACGCCCUGCUCAAGCUGGCGCCCUACGACACCCUGACCAUGGAGAGCCGGGGCCUGCGGCGCUACAUCAUGGAGAUGCUGCCCAUCACCGACUGGUCGUCGGAGGCCGUCCGCCCCGCCCUCAUCCUCAUCCUGAAGAGGCUGGACCGCAUGUUCAACAAGAUCCACAAGAUGCCUACGCUCAGGUGCGCUCGCCCACAGGCACUAUGCACCAGGAGACAGGUGGAGUGGGAAGCAGCCAGCAACCUGAUCGAGGGGAUCUGCCUGACUCUGCAGCGCCAGCCAAUCAUCUCCUUCCUCCCGCACCUUCGCUCGCUGAUCAACGUCUGCGUCAAUCUGGUGAUGGGCGUGGUGGGGCCGUCCAGCGUGGCAGACGGGCUGCCUCUUCUCCACCUCAGCCCCUACCUCUCUCCUCCGCUUCCCUUCAGCACGGCCGUGGUCCGGCUGGUCGCGCUGCAGAUCCAGGCUUUGAAGGAUGACUUCCCUCUCAGUCAUGUGAUCUCACCUUUCACCAAUCAGGAGAGGCGAGAAGGGAUGCUGCUCAACUUGCUUAUCCCCUUUGUGUUGACAGUGGGGUCUGGAAGCAAAGACAGCCCCCAUCUUGAGCCGCCGGAGAUCUUCCUCCUCCUGCAGACCGUCAUCAACAUCCUGCUGCCUCCUCGGAUCAUCUCCACCUCCCGCACCAAGAACUUCAUGCUGGACGCCUCUCCGGCUCACUGCUCCACACCUGGAGACGCGGGGAAGGAUUUACGUCGAGAGGGGUUAGCAGAGUCCACAAGCCAGGCUGCUUAUCUUGCUCUGAAGGUGGUGUUGGUUUGCUUCGAGCGCUCCCUGGGGAACCAGUGGUAUCGGCUGAGCCUGCAGGUGAAGGAGAUGGCUCUGAGGAAGGUGGGCGGCCUGGCCUUCUGGGACUUCAUAGACUUCAUCGUCCGAACCCGGAUCCCCAUCUUUGUCCUGCUGAGACCCUUCAUACAGUGCAAGCUGCUGACCCAGCCAGCUGACUCCCAGGAGGAGAUUACAGCGCGCCACCACAUCGCCGACCAGCUGGAGCGACGCUUCAUCCCCAGACCGCUCUGCAAGAGCUCCCUGUUUGCAGAAUUCAACAACGAACUGAAGAUCCUCAAGGAGGCUGUGCACAGCGGCUCUGCGUACCAGGGCAAGACGUCCAUCAGCACGGUGGGCACGUCCACAUCAGCUUAUCGCCUCAGUCUGGCCACCAUGUCCCGCUCCAACACGGGUACCGGCACGGUGUGGGAGCAGGACAGCCAACCGUCACGGCAGCCAUCGCAGGACACCCUCAGCCGCACCGACGAGGACGACGAAGAGAACGACUCCAUGAGUAUUCCCAGCAUCGUGAGCGAACACGAGGCCUUCAUUCCCAGGGUGUCGUCGCAGCGGCGUUUCUCCAGCCACGUCACCAGCUCGGCCGCCUUGCAGCCGGAGAUUCCCCGCAUCACCAUGCUGCCCAGCCAAAGCGAACCCAAUGUGCUAGAUGAGUCCCAGGGCCUUCUGCAGGAGGGUAACCUCUCUAGGGUUGCCAGCGUGCAGAGCGAGCCGGGCCAGCAGAACAUCCUGAUCCAGCCUCCUUUAGGACGGAAGAGAGGACUCAGACAGUUGCGACGCCCCCUGCUGUCCAUUCCAAAGACUGAACCUCGCGGCCGGUCCGGAGCGAGACUCUCCACGACUCGCAGGAGCGUCCAACCCAAGAACAAGCCGCUGGAAACUUUAUUGGACUGUGAAGCCCACGGGGACCAGAAGAGGUCGGUCACCUUCACGGAGAACCAAGGCCAGACCCCCGGCGCCGCGGAGCGUCCGGCUGAGACCAGGAGGUCCAGUCCUGCUGCUUCCAACGCGCCCACUCUGGAGGUUCCUCCGGCCGCGUCGGCCACGGUCACCGCCGACCUGCACAGACCUACGAACACACAGGUUUCCUCUGCGAUGAGCAGCAAGGAGAAGAGAGAGCAGUGGGGGCUCCGCAGCAGCCUCUCCCCCCCUCCAUCCUUCUCCCGGGCCUCCACCCCGACACCCCCGUCCCGGACCUGCUCCCCGCUGCCCCUGUCCCGGGCCUGCUCCCCCCUCCCUCUGUCCCGCACCUGCUCCCCAGCCCCUCCUCCACUCCCGGUGCUGAGCACCGCACCCUCCCCUGGUCCCCCGCCGCCCCCACCACCACCACCGCCGCCCACGGCCCCGUUCCUCCCCCCACCACCUUCAGGGCCCUCGCGGAUCAGAGAGAGCCCCGGGGACGAGGACACCACGGCGCUGCUGCCGCGCAGCGACACCCUGCUGCAGCUCAGCGAGGACGACGGCACCGAGAACCCGCUCCUCACCCCGCUGCUGGCCCCGCCCUCGCCCCGCAGGUCACCCUCCCGCAGGUCACCCUCCCGCAGGUCGCCCCGCCGCUCCCCUCUGCCCUUCUCCCCCGUCGACCUGGACUUGGACGAGUCCCACGUGUGAGGAGGACUCUAGAUUUGCACCAGUGACAGUCUAAAAUGUAUUUGACAUGUACGACCAAGAGAAGCGUGGUAUUUGUGACGGGAAAGCCAGACCCCUCCCUCUCAGUUUUGUCCCAGACUGAACCCAGCUCCUUUUUCAUCUUUUCAUUAUUGGAUAUGAACAUAAAAACCUCUCUGUCCGUCCUGGAGCUCGGAGCUGAAGCCCAGCAGCCGUCCACCUCAUCCCUCAUCCGGUCCUUAGUUCAGAUGUUGGAUAUUUUAAAUCUAAUGAGAUCAGAGAUUUAUUUUUAGUUAUAUAACAUUAGUAAAGAGAAAAUAUUAAGAGUCAAAUUAUUUAACUACCAGUGCUUUUAAUUAAAUAUACAAUAGAUGUUUAUACUGAAUAGGAAGAUGCUAUAACUUGUACAGUUCUGCAAAUAUCCUGAGAGCCAUUCUAAAGUUAAAGUGGGCGACUUUGCACCAUAUUUAUUUAAUUAAUUCUAUUAAAAGGAUUAAAGUAUAACUUAUAUGCAUACAUAUAUAUAUAUGGAUAUAUAUAUAAAACAGUUAUAUGUAUUUAAAGAUGUGUUAUCUCACUGUUUAAAAUCUUUAUAGAACAAGUAAAACUUAUUUGUAAAAAUAUGCAUUUCCACAAAUCAACAUCCUGAUUUAGGACCUUAAAGCCGCUCUGUGUAGCAGCACCACUUCUGUCAGGCGGCAACAAGUCUGCUUGUUUCUACUUGUUCGUUCCAACGGGACGCAGACUCAGUUCCUCCGUCGGUUGCAUUAACUUUUUGCAACCGUAGUUCCGCCCCUGUUCUAUCGUUCUGCAGUGCCAGUUAGAAUGACGCUCAUUCAACUCCUCGUUAUACCUCUGUUUCUAUCUCCCAAUGUGGUAAAGAAGGGGAAUAGCCAGGAAACACGGCAGGGAAAAUGCACAAAAGAGAAAGAACGGACUGUAAAUUGGGGAUACUGACAAUACUGGGUUAAUGAGUCGGCCACGUCUUGGGAAACCACUUAUCCAUCACUUGGUUGUAACUUGUAACCAGCGAUUGACACGUAAACCUUUUUGCCAUACUGUGUGGACAGAAGUGGUAUUUUUACAUAGAGUGGCUUUUAUUUAAAAAAAAAAAAGAUCAAAUCAGCCCGUUUCAGUCAAAGAAUAAUAUUACUUUUGAAUGUAUUUAAACUUAAAACUACUCAAACUGAAUGAAACUAAGAGAAUAUUGCUGAUUUGUAUGUCCUCUGGGUUUAGUGCUGCUGUAAUGUUUGUUGUGCUGCUGUGUUUCUGAUCAGAUUUUAUUUGUGACCAAAGACUGUAUUUCUCUACCAUGUUUAAUCAAUCAACAGUUUAUAUAUACAAUAUAUAUAAAUGAUGAUGAUUGAUUCAUUUAAUACUACAGCUCACCACCUCUUGUUGUUGCUGUCUGCUAUUGUUUUCAUAAGUUUGGAGCAAAAAGGACUCCCGGGUGACGUGACUGUGAUGACACGAUGCAGUAGGAGGUCCGACCUCGUUCCAUGCCUUAAAAUAGCAAAUGUUCUGUUGACAUCAACACGUCUUUGCAAAUCAAAUAAUUUAUUCCAGAGAGAAAUCUC